UUCUGCUCAUUGCUGCUUGUGGCUCAAUACCAAAACCCCCUGGCUGGAAUCACAACCCUGCCAGACAGCCAAGAGAAGAGCUACUGUGUGUGGAAGCUACUAUCCUGUCACUUGUAUCUUAUCCAUACAACCACGUCUUCUACUUGACAACAACACUACUCCUUUCAUUGAGAAGACCACGUUUUCCAUCACGGUUAUGGCAUUGAGCACCUCUCCAUGGACGUUCCCACUGGCCUUGGCUCUGCCCCUGGCCCUCACUGCACUCGGCUGGGCACCAUCACCUGUCCUGGGUGGGUGCCCGGCAGCCUGCCGGUGUUCCUUUGCCAUGCUGCAGUGCUUGGAGCCUGAUGGCAUUGCCAGCAUCCCUGCACUGGCACCACAGGAGAGCGAAAACGUCACAGAGAUUUACAUUGAAAACCAGGUUACCCUGGAGAACAUUACAAAACAUGACCUUGAAAACUACAGGGAGCUGAAGAACCUCACCAUCACAUUCUGCAAACUGCAGCAUAUAUCUGUUAAUGCCUUCCAGAACAACCUCAAGCUCCAGUAUGUGAACCUGGCAUCCAACUCUCUGGAGCACAUCAGUUGGAAGGUCUUCCAUUUUCUACCCCUGCUAAACUUGAUCUUGAGGGACAACCCGCUUGUGUGUUCAUGUGAUAUUCAUUGGCUCCAGCAAUGGCAGCAAAAUGAACGUGGCGACCUGGACAACCAACUACUGCAUUGCUCCUCUGAUGGCCACAGCCUAUCAUUAAAUUCCUUGGUCAUGGAAAACUGCAGUGUCCCUGAGGUGACCAUCCUGCAAUCCAAUAACAAAAUCCAGGAAGGUGGAAACCUCACCUUUGAGUGUCAUGUGACAGGAGUUCCCAUUCCCAUCGUGAGAUGGCGCACACACCAACUGCACUCCCACUACUACAUACAGGAACGGAUCUGGGGCGCCACCCUGGAGCUCGUCUUACAUCUGACAAAUAUGUCCUCCAAAGACAACCUCCACAACUUGACCUGCGAGGCUGAGAACCAGGCUGGACCUGACGAUGACAUGGUUAUGCUGGACAUUGAAUUUCCAGUCAAGAUCAUUUUCCUAAGAGAUGCAGAGCCACAGCACCACUGGUGUUUCCCCUUUGCAGUGGACGGCAAUCCAGAGCCCACCAUCCGCUGGCUGUACAACGGCUCUACCCUCAAUGAGACCCGUUACACCUACACACAGCUCAUUCCCGACUCAGACGACGGCUCCGUCAAACAUGGAUGUCUGUUUCUCAACAAGCCCACCCACCUUAACAAUGGCCACUAUACCCUCAUAGUGGAGAACAAACUGGGGAGUGACCGAGUGACAGCCACGGGCAAGUUCAUGGACAACCCCUUUGACCUGUUUGAUUCCCCAGAGGGAAUGUUUCCUGGUGAGCAUGUGGCAAUUAGGAUUUUGUUUUCCAUUCCAGUGGAUAUUCAGAUUAUUGGAAAUUCAAAUAUUAAAAUGUAUGCUUGGAGUAACUCCAUGUUUCCUCUCUCAAUGCCAGUCCUAAAUGAUGAUGAUCCAAUUCCCACCAAGAAAUCUCUGGAGGAUGUCACUGAAAACUUGGAGAGUCGAGUGUUUGGGGUGUCUGUGGCAGUGGGGCUAGCAGUGUUUGUUUGCACUUUCCUUCUGAUCAUGGUCCUGGUCAUCAACAAGUGUGGCCAACAUUCCAAGUUUGGCAUUCAUCGCUCGUCUGUUCUGGGCACGGAGGAUGACAUGGCUGUCUCCCUUAGAUUCAUGAACUUUGGGGCCAGCCCCCCCUCCUCAGAUGAGGGCAUUUUGGACACAGGCAUGUCCAGCUUUGUGGAGAAUCCACAGUAUUUCUGUGGAAUCAUCAAGGAUAAAGAUAUGUCCUUUCUGUCUUUGUGUGCAGGUGUACAGCAUAUAAAAAGACAAGACAUUGUGCUGAAGUGGGAAUUGGGUGAAGGUGCAUUUGGCAAGGUCUACCUUGCAGAGUGUGCUAACCUCAGCCCUGAUAGUGACAAGAUGCUGGUGGCCAUCAAGACUCUGAAAGAUGCAAACGAAUCAACACGGCAAGACUUCCAGAGAGAAGCCGAGCUCCUCACAGUUCUUCAGCACCAACACAUUGUCCGAUUCUAUGGUGUUUGUACUGACGGAGAGCCAUUGGCCAUGGUGUUCGAAUACAUGAGGCACGGAGACCUCAACCGCUUUCUUCGAGCCCAUGGUCCUGAUGCCUGUAUCCUGGAGGAAGUGAAGAUAGCACCUCUGGGCCAGCUCACCAUUCCUCAGAUGCUUCAGAUCGCGGCCCAGAUUGCCUCAGGAAUGGUUUAUCUGGCUUCCCUUCACUUCGUCCACAGAGACUUGGCCACACGCAACUGUCUGGUGGGGGAGGGUCUGGUUGUCAAGAUCGGAGACUUUGGGAUGUCCCGGGACAUCUACAGCACAGACUACUACCGGGUGGGUGGACGUACCAUGCUUCCCAUUCGCUGGAUGCCUCCUGAGAGCAUCAUGUACAGGAAGUUCACAACAGAAAGUGAUAUCUGGAGCUUUGGCGUGGUCCUUUGGGAAAUCUUCACCUUUGGUAAACAGCCUUGGUACCAGCUCUCCAACAGUGAGGCCAUUGAGUGCAUUACACAAGGUCGAGAGCUGGAGAGACCGCGGACCUGUCCUAAGGAGGUGCACUUGCUGAUGCAGGGCUGCUGGCAGAGGGAGCCCCAGCAAAGACUAAUCAUCAAGGACAUCCACAGUCGCCUCAUGGCCCUGGUCAAGACCCCCCCAGUCUAUCUUGACAUCCUAGGUUAGAAAAGUCUGAAGGUACUUGAAAGAGGGGGCCUGGGGAAGAGAAAUGGAGCAGUGACCAGGGGCAGGUUGACCGUGAAAAGGGUGGUAUGGUAGAGUGUUCGUCGUUGAUGUUAAUGGAAUUGAUCCAGAAAGACUAAACUUCUCAUUCCACCAAGGGUGAAAAUGUCCACAUUACAAUGUCAGGUACUGGUCAUUUUCUGGAAUAAUGUAAACAGUUGGAGAGAGGGAAGAGAUAUUGAAAGUGGUGGUGAAAAGGGGGGGGGGGGAUUCUUCUGCUUUUGUUGAAGCCUGAAAACACUGGCGUGAACUAUGCUGCUUCAACUGUCUUUUACCUGAUUGGUCCAGGCUCAACCUUAUCUCCACUGAGUGAGGAGGAGACUGAGCAUCUAAUAACUGUCAAAUGUUUACUGUUUGAUUGUUCUUUAAUUGACUAGGGUGUCAGGCUGAUGAGGACUGUGCAUGGCUGACAUGUUGACUAAACUUAGAGGGAGUCACUGUUGCCUAACAAAAUGAACAAAACAUUUUUUGAAAUGGAUUUUCAAGGAUUGUGCUUCUCUGCUCAUCUUUCUAGGGCAUUCUUUUCAGAAGUGAAUGGGUUCUUGGCUGUUAAAUACCCUGUUAAGUCAUUUGUGUGAUUGCAUAAGGAGUCCGUUAUUUUUGGUAGUUUGAUACAUAUGUACUAACACACAACAAUCAUCAAAAAGUGUAAAAUAAUAAUUCCACAGUUAUUUUAAGAAUUGUCACUUCUAAGUUAUGUACCAGUUAACUGAAUCAACAGGUGUUGAGGUGACCUAAUCCAAACUAUCUAUCUAUAUAUAUGCCACCAGUGAAACAACUGAACUUUGUUUUAUUGUCCUCUCAGUCUGUCCCUUUGGCCCCCUUCCGAAACAAGCAGAGUUGAAGCUGUCUAUCCACUGCAAAUUACAAUUAAAAGUCCAUAUCCAUACGUCCCUCUUAAUUGGUUAGAAGGUUGACUAUGUAAUUUUUAAAAAUCCAUUUAGCAACGACUUUGCAAGGCCUUUAAAAAAAGAAUAUGAAGCCUUAAUUAUAUUUAACAUCAAGGCAACCUCUUUCCACCUAAAGUUUCUGUGAAAAAUUAUUAAAAUGCUUUGGGGGCACAAUUUUAAAAGAAGCAUCGUGCAAAGCAGUUUGAAAAGAAUUGAUCCGUUUUGAAAUACUGAAACUAAGUCGUUUCAAAGUGGUGGCUAUUUGAAGGGCAAUUAAACAAAAUACUGUAAUUCCUUUAAAAACGCAUUGACUAUAAAAGUAAAUAAUCACUGUUGAGGCAAGUUUGUUUAAAUUGGCUGAACGUUGUCCUUCUCAAAAUGGGACAUUUUCCCAAUUGAUUCUAUUUAUAGACUCUGUACAAAGCACUGGAGUUGUAAAUCUCAACGUUCAUGACAUGUAUUGUUAUUUAUUUUAUCAACAUGUUGACUGUUUUCUUUCUAUUAUUCUACUAUUGAAAGAAAUAUUUUCUAAAAGAAAGGGUUAACUUGUGUCCCUGUACUCUUCAUGUUUUCUGACAUGUUAACUAUAUGUACAUGGUUGUGUAUGUACAGUGUGUGUAUACGUCUUACUGUAAAUAUGUUGCUGUUAAAGGGUCGUUGGGUGUUUUAAAAAGUGAUUCACAAAGAGAAUGAUUUAGCGACUGAGCGAUACAGUAUGGUAUUUAAACAUACUGGCUUAGCCACAGCUACUGCUUUCAUGGAAAUCUAAACAGUCUUAGCAGUCACCAUGCUAACCUUCAGUAACCUUUGACAUCAAAAUCAUGUGCAAAAAUCCAGUAUUGGAAAGAUAGUGACAGAUUCGGUGAGAUAGUUUCGAAUGUAACAGAUGGAUGAAAGGGAUUGAAACUGCAGAGGGAGAGUGACAGAUGGAGGUGAAAUGAAAAGAGGGGUACAACCAUACGACUCAAAACAAAUGUAUGUGCAAAACAGCAAGCUGCCUGGACCAUGUUUCAAUUCAACCUUUCACCUACAAACGAGAAAGGAAAGUAUGUGUGAUAGAAACAAAGUAGAGUGAUACCUUGGAAUGUAAAUAUGUAAAUACUGUGUCACUGUUACAGAAGAAGUCAUCUUUAAAUCUUGUUACAUAAGCACUUUUAUUAUCUACUCAAUUAAAGCCACCAUUGGUUUAAGA